ACAAGAAUGAAAUUUGGAUUGAAUUUACAAAAGAAAAAAGCACCAAUUAAUUCCACCAUUCUUCGUAAACCAAGUGCAUUCGCUAAUACUACUGAUGAUGAAUUAGAAAACGAAGAAGAGGAUACAUUACAAAAUGAAUCAAAUUCUAAAAAGAAUCAAAAAGCAAGAACACAAGUUAAUCGACAAUUGUCUGGCUAUAAUACAAUGACAAAAAAAAUUGCCGAAGAGCAAGCUAAAGCCUUAGAAGAAGAUCCAACCAUCUUUGAUUAUGAUGCUGUUUAUGAUGAUUUAAAAGAGGUUGAACGAAAGAAAAAGGAGGCUUUAAAACCAGAUUCAAAAAAGCCAAAAUAUAUUACAGGAUUGCUAGAGAUGGCAGAGAUACGAAAAAGAGAUCGUCUAAUUGCUGAAGAAAAGAAAGUAGCAAGAGAAAGAGAAGAAGAAGGUGAAGAAUUUGCUGGCAAAGAAGUUUUUAUUACUGAGUCUUUUAAAAAGCAAAAGGCAGAAUUAGAACGUAUUGAAAGAGAGGAAAGAGAACGAGAAGCAUUAGCAGAAAAAAAUAGAGGAAUGGAUACAUUUUAUAAGCAAGUACUCGAAAGAAAAGAAGCAGAGCAUCAAGCCAUGAUGAAGGCAAUAGCAGAACGAAGCAAAAAUAAAAAUUCAAAUCAAUCUACUCUAGUUGACUCUAAUAUAGACGACGAAACUAAAUUGGUUGAACAGGCGAAAAGAGAAGGAAAGAAUGUGAUUGUGAACGAUAAUAACGAAAUUGUAGAUAAAAGACAAUUACUGGGUGCAGGUCUGAAUGUGAAGCCCAAGUUUGGUUCUCUUAAAUCCUUGGCUGCCUCAGAUGAACGUAUCAAAGAAAGAGUAGAAGAAUAUGAAAGGUAUAAGCGUAAAAAGUUAGAAGAAUAUGAAUCACGAAGAAGACAAGGUAAAAGUAAGGAUGAACGUGAACGUCUUAGUAAAGAAGUGGAGAAACAAAUGUUGGAACUUAAAAAGAAGGAAGAAGAAGAAGAAGAAAGAAAACGAAAAGAAGUUGAACAAAAGGCAGUUGCUAAACGUACAACAGAAGAUGCUGCCAUGAGUGCUCGAGAGCGUUAUUUAGCAAGAAAGAAACAAAAAUUGGAGGCAGAAAAAAAAAAUCAAAAUAAAUAAAUAAAUAAAUUAUUUAUUUAUUUAUUUAUGAAUGAACUUCUUUAAGAAUAGCAUGAUAAUUAG